GAGAAGCGCGCGGGAGCUGAAAAAGCAAGAUUGAAUUCCGGGAAGGCCUAGUCGGGUUGCUGGGCUGCUGUUCCGCUGUUCCGCUUUCAGAUGCUGUUUGGAAGAAGCCGGGCUGAUUCCCCACGGACUUCCCGUCCUGACCUCCCGCUACUUCGGAGUGCCUCUCUGCCUCCCAGGUCCCCGAGUUCCUGGUUUCAGUGAAGAUGACAGAGGAACUGGAUCUCUUGGGACAGGAUUCUGAUGGGGGUAGUGAGGAGGUCGUCCUUACUCCUGCAGAACUCAUUGAGAGGCUGGAGCAGGCCUGGAUGAAUGAAAAGCUUGCUCCUGAGCUGCUGGAAAGCAAGUCAGAAAUUGUAGAAUGUGUCAUUGAACAGCUAGAUCACAUGGAAGAAAAUCUCAGGAGAGCCAAAAAAGGGGAUCUGAAGGCCAGUAUCCAUCGAAUGGAGAUGGAGAGGAUCCGCUAUGUCCUUAGCAGCUACCUGCGGUGUCGGCUCAUGAAGAUAGAGAAGUUCUUCCCUCAUAUCCUUGAAAAGGAAAAAUCACGCUCUGAGGGGGAGCCUUCCAGCCUUUCUCCAGAAGAGUAUGCCUUUGCUAAAGAGUACAUGGCUAGCACAGAGACAUAUCUAAGAAAUGCAGCCUUAAAGCAUAUGCCUCCUAACUUACAGAAGGUGGACCUCUUAAGGUCAGUUCCCAAACCUGAUCUAGAUUCAUAUGUGUUUCUGAGAGUGAAAGAACGUCAAGAAAACAUACUGGUAGAACCAGAAACAGAUGAGCAGAGGGACUAUGUGAUUGACUUGGAGGAGGGCUCACAGCACUUGAUCCGAUACAAAACCAUUGCACCUCUGGUUGCUUCUGGAGCAGUACAACUAAUUUAAAACUAAAACUAAACAAACAAUAAUGAACACAUGAAACCAUAGGAGAGAAUAAUUAGAACCCCCCACCACCCCCAUGCCACUUUGUGCCUAAGGAAAAUAAUGAAGUGGUUCUCCAGACAUCGAAAUUUUCUCAGCAGUGCUGUGGAUCACAUUGGAAUUGUAAAGUAACUCUAGGUAGGAUUCCUAAUAUCCUCAUAUAUCAUCCUAAUUUUCUGCCGUUUUAUCCAGUAUCAGCAGAUGGGGCCAUUGCUCUGUUUACUCUGAAUACCAGGCAAAUAAAUGGAGACUCAUUUUGUGAA